AAGCUGUGAGGACUUGCUGUGUAAGAGGGUGGAGAAGGUGGAGUGGGUCGUUAGGAUGCUGAACAGUGUUGAGUGAGUCCUCGCGCUCGUGCAUCUCCUCGCGCUUGUUCACAGCCGCUCACCUGAUGUGCACCCGCGGGCGCGCGCUUCUCAUUCAGCCGCUUCGCUCACACUUCAGACGGACACAGACCUGUCCGGCCCUGCGAAGCGCGGCGCGGCUGUUUCGUUCCUGGACUACUCUUCAUCUCGUCCAGCCUCGGCUCCGGUGACGCUCCGUAACUUUGAUGGGGACUUCGACCACUGCGCGCGAAAAUGCCUGUUAUGAAGGGACUGCUCGCGCCUCAGAACACCUUUCUGGACACCAUAGCCACGCGCUUUGACGGCACACAUAGCAAUUUCAUCCUGGCCAAUGCGCAGGUAUCGAAGGGGUUUCCUAUCGUGUACUGCUCCGAUGGCUUCUGUGAGCUCACAGGCUUCGCGCGCACUGAGGUUAUGCAGCAGAGCUGUGCCUGCAAGUUCUUGUAUGGGCCUGAGACCAGUGAACACGUCAUCCUGCACGUGGACGCUGCACUUGAGGAACGCAGUGAACUCAAAGAGGAGAUCAUGUUCUACAAAAAGAAUGGUUCUGUGUUCUGGUGUCUACUGGACGUUGUGCCGAUUAAGAAUGAGAAAGGAGAUGUUGUGCUCUUUCUUGCUUCAUUUAAAGACAUCACGGACACCAAGGCUAAAGCAUUCCUUGAGGAAAAGAAGGAAGAGCGUCGUCGUGGACAGGUUAAGGGUGGGUCCCCAUUUGGCUCAGCUCGGCUGCGCUCCAGCACCGUCCUCUACCACAUCUCAGGACACCUACACAACCGGCAGAAACAGAGCAAAAUCAAACUUAACAAGAAUGUGUUUGGAGACACGCCGGCCUUGCCUGAAUAUAAAGUUGCAGAUGCCAAGAAGUCAAAGUUCAUCCUCCUUCACUUCAGUACGUUCAAGGCCGGCUGGGAUUGGCUAAUUCUACUUGCUACCUUCUACGUAGCUGUGACUGUGCCGUACAAUGUGUGUUUUAUUGGAGAUGAUGACCUGACGCGCAGCACCACGGUCAGCGACAUUGCUGUGGAGAUCCUCUUCAUCAUUGACAUCGUGCUCAGCUUCCGCACCACAUACGUGAGCAAGUCGGGCCAGGUGAUCUUCAAUGCGCGGCAAAUCUGCAUCCACUACCUGACCACCUGGUUCAUCAUAGACCUGGUGGCUGCGCUGCCCUUCGACCUCCUCUACACCUUCAAAGUCAGCGUGGUCUCCCAUCGUCAGGUGUCUGUGGUGCACCUGCUGAAGACAAUACGUUUGUUGCGGCUACUGCGUCUGCUGCAGAAGAUGGACCGCUUCUCGCAACACAGCACAGUGGUGUUGACCCUGCUGAUGUCCAUGUUUGCCCUGCUGGCCCACUGGAUGGCUUGCAUCUGGUACAUUAUCGGCAAGAAGGAGAUGGAAAGCAAUGCACACACGCACACCUGGGAUAUAGGCUGGCUACAUGAGCUGGGCAAGCGGCUGGAGUCUCCAUACAGCAUGGCCAAUGGCUCAUCCGGUAGUGGCCCAUCAUUGCGUAGCGUCUAUAUUGCCUCACUAUACUUCACCCUCAGCAGCCUGACCAGCGUGGGCUUUGGCAAUGUCUCAGCCAAUACAGAUGCCGAGAAGAUCUUCUCCAUCUGCACCAUGCUCAUUGGAGCACUCAUGCACGCCCUGGUGUUUGGUAAUGUGACGGCCAUUAUCCAGCGCAUGUACUCACGCUGGUCGUCAUACCACACGCGCACUAAAGACUUGAAGGACUUUAUACGAGUGCACCACCUGCCCCAGAGCCUUAAGCAGCGCAUGCUGGAGUACUUCCAGACCACCUGGUCCGUCAAUAACGGCAUCGACUCCAACGAGCUCUUGAAGGACUUCCCAGAUGAGUUGCGCUCAGACAUCGCCAUGUACCUGAAUAAGGAGAUUCUGGAGCUGGCUGUGUUUUCGUCUCUGAGUCGCGGCUGUCUGCGCUCUCUCUCUCUGCACAUAAAGAUGUCGUUCUGCGCUCCGGGAGAGUACCUCCUGCGGCAGGGAGAUGCACUACAGGCACUCUUCUUUGUCUGCUCCGGCUCCAUGGAGGUGCUCAAAGAUGGCAUGGUGCUUGCUAUUCUUGGUAAAGGUGACCUGAUUGGAGCCAACUUGUCUGUGGAAAACCGGGUGAUAAAGACUAACGCAGAUGUGAAAGCGCUGAUGUACUGUGAUCUGCAGUGCAUUAAUCUGAGGGGACUGUAUGAAGUGCUGGACCUGUACCCUGAGUACUCCCACCGCUUCGUCCAGGACAUCACACAUGACCUCACCUACAACCUGAGAGAGGGACAGGAGCGCCAUGUGAUAUCCAGGUUAUCCAGCAAGUCCAUGGACACACAGGUGGAAGGAAGAGGCAAUGGAGGCGUGAUCCAGUGUUUUCCUCCAAUAGCGGAGCAGCAGGAAGAGGAAGAUGAGGAUCAGACCCUCUACCUUAGAUCUAUGGAUGAAAGAAGCGUACAGAGGCACUCGCUCAUACAGGGCAGUACUCAUCAAAUUGACAAGAAGCUUCGCAUUCAGCAGCCUGCAGUGACCAAACCUGAUCCCUUUAAUCUCAGUCCCAGGGUUGUUGAUGGAACAGAAGCUAGUGAAGGUCCAGAACACUCUCCUGCAUUCACAUUCUCACCUGGUCACCAGAGCAUUGGGCCACCCAACACACAUGUCAGCAAAGCAGACAUCCUGCAAAUCACCACAGCAGAGCUAGCCGCUAAAUCAGAAGAGACCAGAGGACAGUUACGCCACCUAGACCAAGAGGUGAGCUCCCUUGGCCAGGAGAUAGCAGAGCUGGGCCGGGUAAUGCGGAGUCUUGCCUUCCUCAUGGAAUCCAUGAUGACCUCUUCGCAAACACAAAAGAUCUGCAGCCCUCUCUGUGCUCCGGGGCACCCAUUAUCCUCCUCAAACCCCACUGAAGGCCCGGUCACACCUUGGAUCGUUCGUCCCCAUUCCUCACAGAUGCAAACUGCGAUGCAUCCUGGAGGACAUGCACCCAUCAGGGUACAGGAACCAGAAAUAGUUUGCCACUCUCCAGCCUGCACCUCAGAUAUUUCAAGCCCUGUUGCCCUCUCCACUUCACCGCUUACGGACCUCUCUGAUGGGGCUCUGUUGCUCAGAUCACCCCUUAGCGGACCAGGUACCCUAAGAAGCCGUUCACAAAGUCUAGAAACCCCAACCGUUCACCUCCACCCACCACCACAUACCCCUGGAACUCUACCCCGAGCUGGCCAAACAUCACUGGGACAGGGGACAGGUCACAGGCCCCUGAGUUUGUAGCAACAAAACUUGGAACAAGAAAUCCUCAGUGGAGAGGCCAUGGAGCAUAUGAACUCAGAGUUAGACUGAGCUAUGUAGAUGAAGGCACACAAUAAAAGCCAUGGGGAAAGUUUUUUUAACUUAUUUAAAUGCACCAUGGAAUGGAAGACACUAAAGGGACUUACAUUACCAGUUUAUCCUUGCUCUGUCAAGUAUAUUAAAUAACCAUGACCAUAUUCCAUCAGUGACCAGACCAUUUUUAAUUCCAGGUCUAAACAAAUUCAGUCUGAUUUGAGGCAAGGCAUAGGUCUUCCCAAUGUAAAUCCAUUCAUCAGAGAGUCACCCACUUCAUCCCUGAACCUCUAAGUCAGUGGUCAUCAACCAUCCUCCUGAAGAUUUCUGCAAACUUUAAGCCCAGUCCUAAUUGAUCCUACUUGAUCUAUCUAAUUAUGGCCUUGAUUAGCUGAGCAAGGUGUGUUAGAUGGAGGAGGUGAAACCUAGAGGGAGAUUAUCUUCAGUGGGAAGAUUGGUGGCCAUUGCUCUAACCCUUUAAAACAUAAACCCUAUGCACAAAAACAGUUUUGGAAGAAAUUUAUUGACCAUGUGGAAUAAGCUGUCUGAAAAAUGCCUUUAGGGAUGCUUUCUUCAAAGAACCUCUUACAUGCACCUUAUCCCAACGCACAAAUUUAUUGACUCUUGUGCUGUAAUUAAGUGGCAUCCAAGAGCUUCAUAUUUACACUUACUAAGACCAGCAUAGCUUUGCUUUAGAACCAGUUCAAAGGGGGAUUCCAGCCUAAAACAGAGGGUAAUACGUUAUUUGUCAUGUUAUGCAAUAUUUUGUAGUGCAGCAUUGCAUACCUCAGCCUCAUUAGCCUGACAGAAUUAUGUUUGCAUAACAUUUUCAUGUUGUAAUUCAUCAAUGUUUUCUUACUACAGUGCCCAGUAGGUAUUAUCUAAAUAUAUAAUACAACCAAUGGAAAUUCUGUGGUGUCAACCAAUCCUGACUUCUAGGCUAGCCACUGAUCUAUAGGCUAUAAAAUACAGUUAAACUAGCCUUAGUGCACCUCUUACCUUGGUCGUCAAAUAAAAUGAGCUAUUCCAUCUUCAUUCAGCAGAAAAUGAACAUAUUUUUACUUUUUCAGCCAGAGAUAAGAAGACCAACUGAGAUGAGAUGUGUAAAGAAUGGCAGCAGUGUUGGGGUAUUUGUUCAAAAAUAUAAUCCAUUACAUAUUAGUCUUUCAAGCCUUAAUAGGAUUAGUUUACUGAUUACUUCCUGAAAAAAAGUAAUCUCGCUACUCACUACUCCUUCACUUUUUUCCUUUAUGUUACUCUAUAACACAUAUGAGAAACAUGAGUAACAAAGUAGCAUGAUGCGCUAUUCUGCACUGCGUUUCCUCCAACACUGAUAGCCAGGAAAAUACCUUGCUAACUUUUGCUUUUAGUGUGUUGUUUUAGCUCAUUUGGUGAGUCAUUUCUGUCUUUCAAGUAAUCCAUUCUCUUCAUUGUUAUGAUGAUUUGAAAACAGUUGUUACAGUUACAUGGCUGCAGUAAGAUAUUCAGCUUCAAGUGGUAAAAGAGAAAAAAAAAUGAAAUGAAAAUUAAAAAUAAUUUUAAAUGGCUCACUCCCAAAAACUUUCACAUAAAGUUCCUCCCACCUUCAACAUAUGCCAUCGGAAGGGGGCUCUCCUACUCUCUAAACCAGAAAAUGUCACUCUAGAGAUGACUGCUUCAAAGCUGUAGGAGUGGUAAUAAUAAUUACAUUUUUCAGUUUGGCUGGAGUGACCGUUUAAGCCCUUGAGACUUUAGCCACUUUAAACUGACAAUUUAUUAUUCAGUUAUUUAACAUAAGACUAUUAUACAACUAUACAUUCUUUCAUAAAUAUAGUUAAUGUAAUUUAUGUAGUUGUGAGGUGGAGCAGUUUAAGUGUGGGCCCACACACUUAAGUGUUCAUUUAAAUUAUUCACGAGUCUCAAACUUGACUCUUACGACGAGAACUCAGUCAUGUCACACAGCAAGCUGUAAUGCACUAUAUGCUUAUUUAUGAGCCUGUGCAUUGUCAGAUCUGUUGAGGAUUGAGGUCAGAAAAGUCCCUUUAGUUUCUGCCUGUUUAUUUUUUAAAGCAUGUGUAAAAGGGGUCGGCAUAGUGUAGCAGUAGGUCAUUGAGACACUAUGUAGAGCUAUUAGGCACGAUAGAAAAGCAUGAAGGUCACCUUGGCAUUGUGUUUCUCUCUGUCUGUCUAUCUGUGCAUUUUUUCUAGAUGCCCCUCAGGGCAGGAGAGAGGAACAGCAGGGACAAGUCUUACACAAUGUGUGUGUGCAUGUGUGCAUGUGUGUUGGGGGACGGGUAUUUAAGGAACAGACUCUGCAGCAAUGCUGAUGCAUGGAUGUUACAUGUUAAGUUGAGAGGAAGGAGUUGAAGAUGGAGAAGCUUAUUGGUAGCUUGGCGAAUUGCAAGUUCGGUGAGGUGGGGGUGAUGGGGACUUGCUCUUUAGCUCUGGUCCUAGGGGGUUGGUUGCCGGUGGCAAUGCAACCCCUGCUGUCACUUGUUUCUUUCUGGCACAGACAUGGACCAACCACUCUGCCUGCUUCUGUCUUUCUCUCUCUCUCUGCCUCUCAUAUUCUCUCCCUGUGUCUAUGUCUAUCACUCUCUACCAUUCCCUCUCUAAUAUUGUGUGCAUGUUACCUUGUUAGCAUCAAAAGUUAUGAUUUACUUGUUACUGCACUGUCUUAAUAAUAUUAACCAACAUUCUAUCUCUAGAAUUGUUGAAAAGUCCAGAUAAUGCAAUACUAUGACAGCGUCUUGCAUUUAAACCCAAGUGCUUGCUGCAACAAUGGUGCAAUCACACAGGUUCCAGUUCUUUUGUUUCUAGCUCUGUCCCUCUUUUGGCAAAAUAAACUCUUAACAUAGCUAAAAAAUUAAUUAACCCCUUUAUGCAGGGUGAAGAAAAAUAGUUCUUUUCAGUAAGUAGUGCAAUCUCUCCGUACUGUCAUUUUUAUAUGAGAAAUCAUCCAACAAAACCAAACAUUUGCUAAAACCUCCAGCACAUGAAUGAACAGGAAAACAUUCCAUACUUCAGUCACCUCCAAAUGUUAACUCUGAUUGAACAGAUGUUUCCAACAUCUAAAACAAGCUGUUCAGUUUUGGUCUGAAUGUUUUCCUAUUCCUGUCCAGAAGCAGCCACAAGGCAUCGAACAAUGGAAGAGGCUAAGCAGCAUUAUAGAUUUUCAACUCUGACUGUUUCCUUUUGAUACAUUUGUGGCCAAAAAUUGGUGUUGUCACUAACUCAGUGAGCAUACACAAAAGCAACCAUAUUAAAUGAUGUUACAAUCUGUUCAAAGAUGUUCUUUUUGUGCACAAAAACGAGAUCACCAGCUUCUAGCUCAUGUCUUCAUGAAUAUGUAUUUUAAGGAGUGGCAUUGUCAAGGCAAUGACGAUGUAAAUUGGCAAAAAUGAAGCAGAUGAGAUCAGAUUUUACUUUAAAGCAUAAAAAUCUUAUCAAUACAUGUGAUGUUUCCAUUUUAUUUUUGCUUACUUUUCACUCUAAACAGGGAUCUUAAUAUCUUUUUUGUUGUUGUAUUUAUUUUUGUUCAGGGUAAUUUCCCAAACUGCACGAUUUCCCAAAGUGGGACUCACCUCUUCCAUCAGAAUUUCGAGCUUUUCUUGUGAGAAUUUCUUCUGUCUACAGCUGGCUGAAAUGUGCUCUAUGCAGGUCGGUGGAGUACAAUGCAAAAGUCAGAAAGUGCCCUUAACUUGUUUAAUAUGACCAUUAGGGACAAGUUAUUAAUUUUUCAGCAUCAGGAAAAAAAGCAGAAAACAAAUAUAACAGAAGUCUGCGCAAAAGCUGUAACAACUAAGUUUAACAUACAAUGUUUCAGUAUUUAGUCUGUCCACCUUUUGCAUCACUUAAGGAUUCCAUUCUUUUCAGCAGGCUUGCUUUCAGUUUUUAAGAAAAAUCUGCAGGGUUACUUUUCCACAGCUUCAAAGUUCAGUCUUAGAGGUUUGUUGCAUUUUCUGCUUCUCACAGUCCAAGUAAUCCCAAACACAAACAUGAAGGCUUUAAGUAUCUUAAAGUAUCCUUAAGUAUUAUUUAAUUAUCUCAUGAUGAUGAUUGUUUUCUGCCAGGUCUUGUACAGUUGUUAGGGGUCAUUUUUUGAACUGUUUUGGAAAUUUCUGUUUUUCUUUAUUUUCUUUUGACUUUCUCCUUAUGCAAGCACAUUAUCUUACAGCUGAUCUCAGAACUGUCUCCUGAAAAAAGGAAUAACUUUGACUUUAAUGACUGUUUUGACUGGAAAUCAAAUGGGUGGUCUUGGAAUUUUUUCACAAUACUUUGUACUGGCACCACCCCAGUUCUAAUUAGAUAGCAGGUGGUGGAUACCAUAUAAAUGUCAGGUCACACUUAAUAAGUUGUAAAACUAGGGCUACCUGCAGUGGUUAAAUUUUCGCAUGCGCAAACAGUUUAGUGAAGUCUUUUGUAAAUAUGGCCAUUCAUGUGUUACUUUAACCAAGGCAAAGCCCAUUGCCUCACAACUGAGUAUCUGGUUCAAUAAUUUUAGCAAGAGAGAUGUAAAGUGUAGAUGCCGGCAUCUACAACUCUAGGGGGCCUGCAAAAAAGGGGUUAAUUAAUUGAAGCUAGUAGCUGCUGAUUAACAUAAUGCCAUUAAAGGUAUAAUUCUAAUUUAAGGUUACUAGGAUUGAUUCAUUAACAGUAACAGUAGAAUUUUUGGUCAAACUGUUCCUUUCAUUUGCAGACAUCCUCUUCUCCAUGGCUUGGCUGGUAAUAGAGAGAUAUGCUGUUCUGUUGCCCGAGUAUAGGGUGUUUUUAUAUUUAUAUGAAUGUAUCACAGCUAAAGAUGUAUUUUUGUACCUCCGAGACCCAGGGACAGUCUAGAAAUCCAUGACAAAUUCAGUUUGUGCAGUUUUUUUUUUUUUUUUGGGAGGGGGCUUGAGGGAAUGCUGGAUGAAAUAUGUAGUGUCUGGUUAGAGGGGCAAUGCAGUGCCAUCCAGAAUCUCAGUGCAACACUCUCACUGUCUCUUUGGCUAAGUGAGACUCUCUGUCCUGCUGGGAAUGUAACUGAAUGACUUUAAUCUUCUUUGAUAUGAUAGUAUUAGAGCAAGAGCCUGUUAUGCUAAUAAAUGACUACUACUGUUUAGUUGA